AUGGUCGCCAACCGCAGCCCUGCCUGCAGUUGCGCGUCCGAGCAACGCCUGCUGGAGCGCACGGUGGUGGAGUUCAAGCGGAGGUAUGACGGCGACAACGUGGACGUGGAGGGAUGCAAGAUCACGGAGGGUAACCAGGGCACCACGUGCUCGGUCCAGAUCGAGGUCGAUGAGUUCAUGAAGCCACCAAUCUACGUGUACUACGAGCUGAACAACUACUUCCAGAACCACCGCAGAUACGUCAAGUCUCGGAGCUCGCUACAGCUUCUGGGCGAGGCGGUGGAACCGGACGAAAACUGCGAGCCGUUGGAGCGGACAACCGUUGGCGGAGAGAUAAUGGACCUGAACCCGUGCGGGUUGAUCGCGAACAGCAUGUUCAACGAUAUCAUCCAGCUCACCACCGAGGGCGUGACCAUGUCCGAGAAGGACAUAUCGUGGGAGUCGGACCGAGAGACGCGGUUCAAGCAGCCGCCGGGCUUCACGUUCGCGGAGUGCUCCGCCGACACGUCCUGCUCCGACUGCCUCGGCGGCAGCAAGUACUCGUCCUGCGGGGACCACACCGACGAAUCCACCGGGACGGAGUACAAGUUUUGGUACCCGGAUGACGAGACGACGCAGUUCCUGUACGAGACGUACCCGGAGGUGGUGAGCCCCAUCGAGGGCGUCCUUAACGAGCACUUCAUCGUGUGGAUGCGCACGGCAGGGCUGCCGCGGUUCCGCAAGCUGUACGGGAGGAUCGACGAGCAGAUAGAGGCACCGCAGGUCCUGACCUUCAACAUUACCGCAAAUUUUUUCGUGGGCGACUUCUCGGGGGAGAAAUCACUCGUCGUCUCGAACUUGUCUUUGAUGGGGGCCCGGAAUCCGUACCUGGGCAUCGCGUAUAUUGCCCUCGGGUCUCUCUCCCUUGCGAUCGGCCUCGCGUUCCUCAUCAAGCACUUGUCGAAUCCGAGGAAGCUGGGGGACACGCGGUUCUUGGUCUGGAAGGACACCACGCUUUAAGCAUGCCGGUUGUGGAAUGAAAUGAAGAUGCAGGUGUAUG